AUGGCGGACAGCGAAAGUGAUGUCGAAACUGACGGGCUGGAAUUAGCUCUUGAAUCUUUGUGCACUCGAUACUGCAGUGAUGUGUCUUCCCUAAAAAGCAAAGACUACUGUGCUGGUUUCUGCGAGUUGGUUGAAGCCUACACGAGCCAAUGGCAGGUUCCCCUGCCACAACUGAAGGUGUUGCAGACGGCGCUGUGCGGUUUCACAAAAGCCACGGCCAAAUUCCCAGAUGACUGUCAGCACGUCAACAAUAUUCUCAGUCGUCUGGCCUUGAGUAUUUUUGAGCUUCUGCUGUUUUUCAGCAAAGAGGAAUUUGGAGAAAAGCCUUUAAAAGACAUACUAGAUUCUUACCAGGCAUGCCAUGCUGAGCUUCGAAGAUACAGGAAUGUAUAUCUUCAGCAUGCAAAGUUGAUCAUAAAAAACGGUGGUCCAUGGGAGCAUCAGGUGUUGCAAGCAAUCAUGAAGGAGACAGAUUUGUGUUCCAAACAAGCUGACGAUUACCUCAGCUCAGAGCUGCCUAUUUUCAUGGAGCUGCGGAUUCGCUAUCUGCAAGCAUGUGAGAGAUUGCAGGAAGCUAUGGCCCUGGCGAAAGUCUGUCUGGAGAACCACAAGCCUGGAAAACAGUUAUUCUUCCAUCAGGCUUAUUUGACUUGUCUCUACAAGGCCUCUCUUCACGACGACCUUCACAAGCAGAUGGCGCAGAUAGAUGGCCAUGAUGCAGUGGAAAUCAUCUGUAACAGCGAGCAAGUUGAAAAAGAUGAGCUCCUUUUGUCACUGUGUAAAGCAUUCCUGGUCCAGCAGCUUCAAAAUGGAGACAUGUACUACUUAUGGGAUCUAGUGUUCAUCUGGAGUAGGUUGCAUCUUCGGGCACACCCGUCGAGACAGAACUUCAUGACAGAGUGCUCGCAGCUGGCCGCCUCUGCAAAGAACGUCCGCGCCAUCUUUCCCUUCAUCAAACUCGUUUUUACCGAGCUGAGUGGUGAUGGAGUGCAAGUCUGCGUGGAGCUUUGCGCCCAGGCUCUGCAGAUGUGUGACGCGCAAGCUGACGAAGUCGCUCAGUCUUUGGUCUGCAAGACCAUUGCCUACCUCCUGCCGGGAGACCUGGAGAUAUGUCGAGCAUGUGCCCUCCUCGUGUUCUGCCUGGAGCGAAGCCUGGAAGCUUACCGAACAGUGCGCCUGCUUUACAAACACCCUGACCUGGAGCCACAUCCUCACCACAGCCUUGUUCCAACCAGCAUUCGCUUCAAAAUUUUGCAGAUGCUGAAGGGACAUCUGUCUUUUGACCCUGAGUUCUGGAGUAUCCUAGCCCUCAGGACUCGUUGCUUGGAGUUAAUAAAUGACCAACUAAUAAAGGAUGCUCUCAUCAAUGAGAUGAGAGAAGAAGAAGAGGAGGAAGAGAAGGAAAUACAGGAAUACUGUAUUGAGCACCAAACGCAUACUGUAUAUGAUUCACUCGCUCAAAACUUAAAUCUCGGCCAAUGCGAGGGAACUGAAGCGGAGGUACAGUCCUCUUUACUGGAGCCUAGCCCUGAGAGCCGGACUGUAAGUGUGACAAGCAAUGUGCCUGUGAAGAAAAGGAAAUGGCGAAAAAGACUGCAAAGGAAAGUCUACCUCUUAUCUGACGAGGACGUGGACCAAGGCGACGAUCCGGAGUUCAUGUACAAUCUUAAACCCACAGCGUUGUGUUACAAAUCUGUAUACUCACUAAGAUGUAAACGCACCAGGAGGGAGAACUGUACUUCAGUCAAGCUUCCUCUCGAUCAAAAGAAAGAAUAUUUAUCCCAAUGUGUUAAGAGCCAAAUUCUAAGAAGGAAAGGCAAGAAUUGGUGGUUGCAAGGUGUCCCCAAACUGGAGGCGCCACAGACUAACCAACAGAAGUUGGUUGUAGUGAAAGGGAAAAAGCGGGGCAGGAAGCCUGCACAUAAAUGGGAGCUGUCUUACCCUGAUAAUGAAAUAUUCCUCCCCAAAGAUGAGUCUGGUCUUGGGGAGAGUUCUGAUCCAGAACUCAUCUCAGAAGAACACAUGCCGCUCCUGAAAAAUGAAGGCGAGGCUAAGAAACCACCUGAGGACAUAAAGUACAGCGACUUUAGUCAUACCCAAGAGGAACCUUCCCGUCUUUGCGUUCCUUCCGUUAGCCCGGCUGUAGAAGCAAACGCUGAGUUUGAUGAGUCACCCCUGGAAUUAGAGAGCUCUCCAUCAGAAUUCAUGCACAAUUACUGUGUAAAGUAUACAAACGGUGACAGUGACUCAGUGCAACCAACAGAAUCUGCCAUUCAUGGUGACGUGCCACCAAUCAUUGAGGAAAGUGAAAAGGCAACACUAAAGGUGAAAGUGGAGUUGACAUGGAGGGAAAAGAUGGCACGAGGACAAAAAUAUGCUCACCUGAAUUUCUACUGUAGUACCUGUAAGAAAAGCUAUAGGGGCUUAAAUGUAUUGAGGCAUUUAAUUUCUCACUUCAAGAAGCGGAACAAGUGCAUCAUCUGUGGGAAACGCUUCCAACACUUUGUUGUUGGCAAAAAGCACAUUUGGGAUCACAUUGAGGAAAUGUGCAACAACCAUAAAAAUGCUGACGCCACAAACGGGACAACUAGCAAUCAGGCCAAGGUUUGCAAUAAAAAGACGACUUCAAAUGGGGAACCUCAGAAACGGUGCAAAAGCAAAGUGGCCAGCCUAAGCAGGGAAGAUCGAAUCAUCAGAAACCUCCGCGCAGUCAUCAAAAAGAUGAAGGCCCAGUCCAAGAAGUUGAAAAAUGGCGCCGCUGAAAUGGAAUUAGACUUUAAGGACGAGCAGGUCGUCAUUCAGGACAGCCUGCUUAUCAUCAAAGCUCCCGCUGCCGCAAAGGAGGACGAAGCGCAGGCGGCAAGAGAAAACGGCUACGACGUCAUGGUCAAUUUCACGCUGUGCCCCUCAUUGUCCUGCGACCGAGUAUUUCUGAGACCCGGCAGCAAUUUGACCAAGCACGCAGUCAGAUGUCACAUCAAUGAAGACGAGGUUCUAGAUAAGACCUUCAUCUGGGCCCAGCACAAAUGUACCUACUGUCUUCGCAACCUUCAAUUCCUCCAAUAUUACAAGGAGCACAUCCGGCGCCACGACCCCUUCCCACCUCACUUCUGCUACCAUGCGAGCUGCGACCGGCGCUUCCUCACCGUGCAUGAACUGAAAGAGCACAUAGCCACCCACAACCCUUUCAGUCCCACUUGCGCUUUCGCCAACUGCGAAAAGCAGUUCUCUAACCUAAUGAGCCUCUUCGACCACGAGUGGAGACACUACAUCCCGGUUCCUCAGAGGGAUGAGCAGCAGAAGACGCUGAGCGGCGAAGCUCCGUGGAAGCAGAGGAUCAAAGUGGAAGAGAUCUGGCAGAAGAGCGAGCAAGUAAAACAGGAACAAUUGAGUGUUGAGAAACCUGCGGAUUGUUUAACGACCACAGAGCUCACUCAGCAGCACGUCAACGGGGUGGAGGAAGCGGAGCAAAGCAACGUAUCGACGGGAAGCGCGACGCCCGUCACGAAGGAAGCCCCUCAGAAAAAAAAAAUAAAAAUCCUCCCCCAAAAGACGCCAAAAAACCCUUUGAACGUCAAGAACUUGGAACGCGUCGCGACGCUUUCCGAGUGCGUCCACCCAUUGGGGGAGCCUGUCAUCUCCGAGCAUAAGAGCUUCAACCCUCAAGAGUUUUCCUACGCGCCUUUCAACAAAAUGGCCUUUUCCAGGGUGCCGCCCUCCAUCUACAUGGACGAGUCUCAGCUGUCCAUGCGUAAGAGGAGAACCAAGGAUGAGGAAGAUCACGUGCCAACUCAGUCUUGUAGUUUUGUCGCCCAGAAGGAUCAUACGCCGAAGAAAGAGGCAUACUACGGCAAAUAUAAACAUGAACAGAAGAUCAGAUAUCGAUGCGAAAAGUGUCUUUCCUCUUUCAGCAGCGUUCAAGAACUUCAAGAACACAAAGCUCUCAACACUUGCUCCCCUUUAUUUGGGUUCGACUCUGAUGACGAAAGUUAA